UAUCUGGAAAAUGAGCCGCCGAAUCCUUUGGAUCGUGUUCAGUGGUAUAGCAUUCAUCGUUACAGUGAGGCUAUCGUACAUUUACCAUUCCAACACGGAUGAUUUCAAAUACUUUCUGGAAAGAAUCCAAGACUUGAGAGCGAACGUCACAGAGGCACGACCCACGGAAACGCGGCCAAAAGCGGCCACCAAGCCGGCUCUGACGGGCAUGUGGACCGUAAACGCCAUCGGACGGCUGGGUAAUUUGAUGGGGGAAUAUGCCACACUCUACGCCCUCGCAAAGUUGAACGGCCACCAAGCCUACAUCUAUCCGGGAAUGCACGACCAGUUAGCCAAGAUCUUUAAAAUUAAGCUGCCCGUGGUCCACAAUGAGGUUCUAAAUCGUAUUAAAUGGAGAAACUAUGGACUUCAUGAUUGGAUGUCUCCAGAAUACAACAACAUCGAAGGAGAGUAUGUUAGAUUAACCGGCUACCCUUGCUCGUUUACCUUCUAUCAUCAUAUAAAGGAUGAAAUUCUUGAGGAAUUUACUUUUCACGAUUUUGUGAAAGAGGAAAGCUACGCCUACCUCGCCAAAGCACGGGGAGACCGGCAAAAUGUGACUUUCGUCGGGGUGCAUGUCCGUAGAGGAGACUACGUCCAUGUCAUGCCGAACACAUGGAGAGGGGUUAUAGCCGAUAAGGGGUAUUUACAGAAGGCCAUGGACUACUUCAGGAACAAGUAUGAAAACCCUCUUUUCGUGGUGACCAGUAAUGGCAUGGACUGGUGCAAGCAGAACAUCGAUAGUUCCCUCGGAGAUGUCCACUUUGCUGGAGAUGGUAAAGAAGGUUCUCCCGGACGAGACUUUGCCCUCUUGGCCCAUUGUAACCAUACCAUCAUGACCAUAGGGACAUUUGGGAUCUGGGCUGGAUACCUGGCAGGCGGCGAGACCAUCUACCUCUCAAACUACACUUUGCCCGAUUCUCCAUUUCUCAGACUUUUCAAGUAUGAAGCAGCUUUCCUCCCAGAAUGGAUCGGGAUCCCUGCCGACCUCUCGCCUUUACUAAAUAAAGCCAACCCAUAAGGGAUUACCACUGGAAUGUCUACAUUUUACAGCCGAGAUGAAGUUCAAGCAAACGUACUCCUUGUAAAUCACCAUAAACUUUGGCAACACCGUCCAGUUAUUUAUUUGCACAAUACGGAACCAGCCAAUUUUGUUGUUUUUUUUUUUUUUUUUUUAAAAAGUGAAAAACAGAUAACUAAUGUUUUUUUUCAAGGCAGAGAUAUUAAAAAAUAAUGUUACAAUGUGCACCGCAAAACGUUGCAAAAAGUUAAGCCGUGCGUGUUUGUGUAUUUGAGUGCAUGAAGCGAGACGAUAAAUAAUAUUUCUCAUGAAGCCUAAAAAGGUCAACCCAAACGUCAAAAGGGUUAAAUCAGAAAAAUAUUCACGGCUCUGUUAGGGUCAACUUGACAAGAGUGAGGUUAUCAAGGUAAAGCGGUUCAUUUUUUAUUUUUUUAUCUUGAGAAAAAGGACAGCACGCUGGCGAGACUUUGUACCUCACUCCACAACUUGAAUGAGGCUGAAAAGAUUUCUUCAUUAACCCUUUAAGUGCAUGGGCAGGUCUAG